AGUUACUAUGGCAACAGUUACUAUGGAAACAGUUGCUAUGAAAACGGUUGCUAUGGAAACGGUUACUAUGGAAACGGUUACUAAGGAAACGGUUUCUACGGAAACGGUUACUAUGGAAACAGUUACUAUGGAAACAGUUACUAUAGAAACAGUUACUAUGGAAAUUGUUACUUUAGAAACAGUUGCUAAGGAAACGGUUACUAUGGAAACGGUUACUAUGGAAACAGUUACUAUGGAAAAGGUUGCUAAGGAAACGGUUACUAUGGAAACAGUUACUAUGGAAACGGUUGCUAUGAAAGUAGUUACUAUGGAAACGGUUGCUAAGGAAACGGUUACUAUGGAAACAGUUACUAUGGAAAAGGUUGCUACGUAAACGGUUACUAUGGAAACAGUUACUAUGGAAACAGUUAGUUACUAUGGCAAAAGUUACUAUUGAAACAGUUAGUUACUAUGGCAAAAGUUACUAUGGCAACAGUUACUAUGGAAACAGUUACUAUGGCAACAGUUACUAUGAAAACGGUUACUAAGGAAACGGUUACUAAGGAAACGGUUACUAUGGAAACGGUUGCUAUGAAAGUAGUUACUAUGGAAACGGUUGCUAAGGAAACGGUUACUAUGGAAACAGUUACUAUGGAAACAGUUAGUUACUAUGGCAAAAGUUACUAUUGAAACAGUUAGUUACUAUGGCAAAAGUUACUAUGGCAACAGUUACUAUGGAAACAGUUGCUAUGAAAACGGUUGCUAUGGAAACGGUUACUAUGGAAACGGUUACUAAGGAAACGGUUACUAAGGAAACGGUUACUAAGGAAACGGUUACUAUGGAAUCGGUUACUAUGGAAACAGUUAAGAUAGAAAAGGUUGCUACGGAAACGGUUACUUUGGAAACUGUUACUAUGGAAACGGUUACUAAGGAAACGGUUACUAUGGAAACGGUUGCUAUGAAAGUAGUUACUAUGGAAACGGUUGCUAAGGAAACGGUUACUAUGGAAACAGUUACUAUGGAAACAGUUAGUUACUAUGGCAAAAGUUACUAUUGAAACAGUUAGUUACUAUGGCAAAAGUUACUAUGGCAACAGUUACUAUGGAAACAGUUGCUAUGAAAACGGUUGCUAUGGAAACGGUUACUAUGGAAACGGUUACUAAGGAAACGGUUUCUACGGAAACGGUUACUAUGGAAACAGUUACUAUGGAAACAGUUACUAUAGAAACAGUUACUAUGGAAAUUGUUACUUUAGAAACAGUUGCUAAGGAAACGGUUACUAUGGAAACGGUUACUAUGGAAACAGUUACUAUGGAAAAGGUUGCUAAGGAAACGGUUACUAUGGAAACAGUUACUAUGGAAACGGUUGCUAUGAAAGUAGUUACUAUGGAAACGGUUGCUAAGGAAACGGUUACUAUGGAAACAGUUACUAUGGAAAAGGUUGCUACGUAAACGGUUACUAUGGAAACAGUUACUAUGGAAACA